AUGAGUAAUCGCAAACGAUCGCGAUCCGUCGGGGAGGAGAAUCGCGCAGAGUGUCCUUUUACAAUUACUUACGCGAAUAACCCAUCGCGCGCAGAACAGGAGCGUCACAAAAACAAGAAGCGGAAGCGCGACGGUCAAGAUGACGACAAACGAGUUCAAAUUCAAAUUUCUCCCUUCUCUCCAACAGGCACCUUCAAGACCCAUGACACCAUGGACUUGUAUUACACAGUUGAACCUGGGAAGCGAUGGCAAGACAUGACGCGAUACAACAGCUUCGUCCUUAAUAGCAUCAAGUACUACAGCGAAGGUUUCGUCUAUGUCGCCAACGAGUCAACCGUCGAGCAUCAAAAGGCUCAGAAUGAAAGCAAUGGCGCCUACAAAAAAGACAGUAGAGAAGAAUCUUGGGUAGCGCGCAUCCUUGAGAUCCGAGCUUCUGACGAGCACCAUGUCUAUGCACGCGUUUACUGGAUGUACUGGCCUGAUGAACUGCCUCCUGGUACCAUAGACGGCAAGAAGACCGUGCAGGGUCGUCAGCCAUACCAUGGCCACAAUGAACUAAUUGCAUCUAAUCAUAUGGAUAUUAUCAACGUUGUCAGUGUAACAGCACCUGCAUCAGUCAACCAGUGGAUCGAGUCCGACGAUGAGGAGAUUCAAGACGCGCUUUAUUGGCGCCAAGCAUAUGACUGCCGCAAUUCACAGCUUUCAUCGGUUGAUAUCAUGUGCAAAUGCCAAACACCUGCAAACCCCGAUAAGACUCUCAUAGGAUGUACGAACUCGGAGUGCGGCCAAUGGAUGCAUCGUGAAUGCCUGGCCCAUGAUGUACUCAUGCAAGUUUAUGAACGCCUAGGCACCGAUAAGCCUCACCGGACCGAGGGAGCGAGUGUUAAGGAAGAAAAGCCCGAGGAAGCAACACGUCCCCUGUCACCUACCGAUGCCGAAGAGAAAGAGACCCAGCCAACGAUCGAUGUUCGCUCUGGAGAGACACAAGAUAAUGUUCACGUCAAGAAGGGCAUUCGUGAAACAACCAGGGACACCGACACCCCGACACCCGGACCAACACCAUCGAGAACUAUUGCCGCGGCAUCGGCCAAAGGCACGGCUAAAAGAGGUCGCAAAAAGAAGGUCGUAGACCACAAGCCUUACUUGGGACUCUUUGAGGCCAGCCUCAAAAUGCAAGAGGGUCCCACAUCCUGGGAAAUUCGUGAUUUGCGCGAGAAUGUGACAGGCGGCGAAAAGACCUGGACCGAGAAAGCCUACUGUCUGAUAUGUAAUGUUUGUAUUGAAUGA